AUGGGUAAAAACAAAAGGUUUUUAAAUAAAAAAAGAAAAGGACCUUCAAAAAGUAAAAAGAAACAUGAGAAAAGAAGCAAUGAAACCAUAAAUAAGAAGGCUAUAUUCAAUCGAUAUAAAGAUAAGCAAAAGGUUGAGGAAGAAGCAGCCAAACAAAAGAGAAUGGAGGAGAAGUUUAAAAUGCAACAAGAGACAUUAUCAGAAAGUGAACCAGAAGAUGAUACCUUUGAGCAGUUGGUGUCUUGUUUUAAGCAGCAAAAAUCCGCCCCUCUCAUUGAUAGUGAAGAGGAAUCCUUGGAUGACUCUGAGGAAGAAGAAGAAGCAAUGGAAAUUGCAAGCCAAAAUAUUUCACACAGUAGCAAUGCUUGCAGUACAAGUGAAGAUGAAGAAAGUGACCAUAUUGAUAAACUAGUUUUAAGUGAUACUGAAUUGGAAAAUGACAUUGAUAGCACAAAUGAUCCGUUUCUAAAACAUUUACAGUAUGAUCUCUCUGAUGAAUUGUUAGUUUCUUUAUCAAAUAUACAAUCAACAGAGAAGGAAAUAAUACAAUCAUGGCCAAUACUAGGGAAAGUUGUAAUAAAUUUACCUCAACCACUUAGUUCUGUAGUAGAAAAACCCAAAUUGAAACUAUCUAUAUUGGAAGAAAAAAUAUAUGCACCACUUGGUAUACCGCCCCGCCCAAUAAACAAAGUGGAUUUUGAUCAAUUAUAUUUAAAAUCUCAACUAAGAGGAAGCAUUGUGUCAUCUAAUAAAAAAAAUUUAAUAAAGAAAGAUUUAGAACUCUCAGAGGUAUUUACUCCGCUGCAGAAGGACCUGUUUGCAUUUCUUAAUAACUAUCAAGAUUUAUAUUAUCCCGAGAGAACAUUUACAAAUGCGGAUGAGAUCAGAUACUCAUACUGUCUGCAUGUAGCUAAUCACGUGUUAAAAACUAGAAUUAAAAUUUUACAUCACAAUGCUAAAUUAUCAAAGAAGACCGAUUUAUCUGAUGAUUUUAGAGAUCAAGGCUUAGUAAGACCAAAGGUUCUUAUAUUGGUGCCUUUCAAACAUGCAGCAUACAAAGUAGUAAACACAUUAAUUGACAUUGUGGUUCCUAAAGAAGCGGGGCAAGUUGUUAAUAAGAAUAGGUUUGAAGAUGAUUUCACUGGUGGGGAGCUAAUAAUGCCAAGUAAAAAUCCUAAACCUGAGGACUAUGAACUUUUAUUUAGCGGCAACACUGAUGACACUUUUAGACUUGGAAUGACUCUAACUAAGAAAACAUUGAAGUUAUACACCGAUUUCUACUCGUCAGACAUAUUAAUAGCUUCUCCUUUGGGCUUGCGAAUGAUAGUAGGUGCUGAAGGCGAAGAGCAUAGAGACUAUGAUUUUCUAGCUUCUAUUGAAAUUUUGAUAUUGGAUCAGGCAGACGUGUUCCGCAUGCAAAACUGGGAUCAUGUGCUACACAUUUUGGAUCAUUUACACCUACAGCCAAGGAAAACACAUGGGACUGAUUUUUCCCGAGUCCGAUCAUGGGCAGUUAAUGGCUGGUCUAAAUAUUACAGACAGACAUUAAUAUUUUCAUCUAUUACACUGCCUGAGAUAAAGUCGUUGUUGAGCAAAAAGUGUCAGAAUUAUAGUGGUAGAGCAAUUGUUGGCAAUCAACCAGAAGAAGGCAGCAUACGACAAGUACUGGUAUCAGUGCCACAACUUUUCCACAGAUUCAAUGCCGCCAGUCCGUUAGCAUCUGUUGAUGCGAGGUUUGAGUACUUCGUGAAAGAGAUCCUUCCCAAACAAAGGGAUCCCUUGAUGAGUCACACUCUUAUAUAUGUGCCUAGUUAUUUCGACUUUGUGAGGAUACGCAACUAUUUCAAGAAGGAAGAUAUCAGCUUUGUGCAAAUAUGUGAAUAUUCGAAGGACGCCAAAAUAGCUCGAGCCCGAGAUAUGUUCUUUCAUUCGGAAGCCCAUUUCAUUUUGUACACGGAGCGAGUUCAUUUCUUCAGGCGAUUACGAAUUAAGGGGAUUAGGCAUAUAAUCUUCUACCAGCCGCCGACCUACCCCCAUUUCUAUUCAGAAAUGCUGAAUCUUAUGCAGGAGUCAAAUCAAAACAAGUACGGAGGCAGUAAGUGUAAUAUGACGAGUACAACUCUCUACUGCAAGUAUGAUGCGCACCGCACGGCAGCUCUCCUUGGAACGCCCCGGCUCGCUCGCAUGUUGGUAGAGGAGCAACCAGUGCAUAUGUACUAA